AUGGAGCCGCCGGCGUUAAAGCUGCUUCUCCUGGACCCGGGAGAUGAAGGCACCCAGAGGUGCAGGAUGGGACCUGCCGCCCUCUCCUUCCUGGGAGCCCGGAUCGGCGCCCCGCUGAGGGUCCGUCUGCCUACGGGCUGCUGUUUGUGCACGGCCUGGCCCAGGCGCGAUUUGGCAGACGGAUACCUGCAGUUAACAAAGGUGACCGUGAGAGUGGUCCUUAAGAGCUCCGCAUGGAAAAAGUCGACUCCCAGAGCAGUCCUGCAGGAGGUGAUCAGAGAACUGCUAAGGAAUAUUUAUGUUUCACUUCAUUAUGUUGUAACUGUUGCCCCAAAUCUUGAAAAUCCUGUGGUGCAUGUUGAAAUACUGUCUGUAGACCCUUUAAUGGAUGAAGCUGGACUGAUAACCCCCCAAACGAGUGUAAAAAUUAAGGAGGUGGUCACUGUUGAAUGGUACAGGCAUUUAUCAGAAUGUGCUGCAAAAACUUCAAUUGCAGGACUGGAUGAUGUGGGAAAGUCUUUGAAAGAAAUGAUUGAUCUGCCUUUCCGCUUCCCAAAAACUUUCAAGAAGCUGGGGCUUUCUGUCCCUAAUGGGGUGCUAUUAAUAGGCCCCCCAGGUGUAGGAAAAACUCUUAUGGUAAAGGCAGUAGCCAAAGAAGUGGGUGCGUAUCUGCUUUGCAUCAGUGGCCCAGCCCUCUAUGGUUCAAGACCAGGAGAAAGUGAAGAGAAUUUACGAAGAGCCUUUGAAAAGGCCAGAGAAAUGUCAUCUGAAGGCCCAACCAUUCUCUUUAUUGAUGAAGUUGACUCUUUAUGCCCAAAACGAGGAAGUUCAAACAAUGCUCCUGAAGGUCGUAUAGUUGCUCAGUUGCUGACGCUGCUGGAUGGUGUAGGUAGCGAGGGUAAGAUGGUCAUUAUGGCAGCAACAAACAGGCCGCAUGCCUUAGACCCUGCCCUGAGAAGGCCUGGCAGAUUUGACAGAGAGGUGAUUAUUGGGACACCAACACUUAAGCAAAGAAGAUCGAUCCUGCAGUUGCUUACAUCUAGUAUGCCGAUUUCUACAGAUGUUGAUUUGGUUAAACUGGCAGAAAUGACAACUGGGUAUGUUGGAGCUGACCUUACAGCACUCUGCAGAGAAGCAGCUAUGCAGGCUGUGUUCCACAGCUCCUUGGAUUCAACUGAAAUGGUGAUUAACAUUACAGAUUUCCAGGAAGCUUAUAAAAAAGUUCAACCAUCCUCUUUUCGAAGUGCAAUUGGACUGACAGAGUGUAGACCUGUCACUUGGGAGCAAAUUGGGGGUCUUGAAGAUGUGAAAUUAAAGUUAAAACAGAGUAUUGAGUGGCCUAUGAAAUUUCCUCAGGCGUUUGCCAGGAUGGGCCUGUCUCAUCCAAAGGGUAUUCUUCUCUAUGGGCCAUCAGGGUGUGCCAAGACCACGCUGGUGAAGGCUGUGGCCACAAGUUGUCACUGUUCCUUUCUCUCUGUAAGUGGUGCUGAUCUUUUCUCACCGUAUGUUGGAGAUUCAGAGAAGAUUUUGUCUCAGGUUUUUCGACAAGCAAGAGCAAAUACUCCAGCAAUAAUAUUCCUAGACGAGAUAGAAUCAAUCUUGGGAUCUCGAUCACGCUGCAAAACUGGCCGUGGUGUCUCAGAGCGGGUUCUUUCUGUUCUUCUCAAUGAGUUGGACGGUAUUGGGCUGAAAGUCACAGAAAGAAGAGGAAGCAAACUACAGCUUGAGGGUCAAUGUCAAGACCAAAAUGAUGAGGAAAGAAAGCUAGAGUUUCAAGAAACUUUGAACAAAGAUUUCAUGGUAGUUGCUGCAACAAAUAGACCAGAUAUGUUGGAUGAUGCCUUACUGCGUCCUGGAAGGCUAGACAAGCUGAUCUAUAUUCCACCUCCAGAUCUGAAGGGAAGACUUUCCAUUUUGGAAAUCUGCACAGAAAAAAUUCCGUUGGAUACUGAUGUGUCAUUACAAGAUGUGGCAGUCCUAACAGACCUCUUCUCUGGAGCUGAUAUUGAAAAUCUGUGCAAGGAGGCUGCUUUGUUGGCAUUGCAAGAGAAUGGACUGGAAGCAACUGCUGUGAAACACGAGCAUUUUGUGAAAUCAUUGAGGACUGUAAAACCAUCCUUAAACGUAAAAGACUUGGAAUUUUAUGAAAAAUUUUAUAAUCGAGAAUUAGCCUCCUUAAUCAAAAAGGAGUGA